CCGCCCGCUGGAUGCCCAGGCAAUCAUUUGUCCGCCAUCCUGCCGUCCGGUCUUAUUAGCCUUCUGGUUGCUUGCUUGCUGCGUCUUCUUGUCUCUCUCUCCCCUUCUCUCCCCCCCUUCGCUUUUCCCCCUCGACCUGUUAGCCCUUCAUCCGCUUCAUCAUGACCACCACUCCCAGGGAUGUCGAGGCUCUCGCCGUCCACCACGAGCCUGGAGUUCUCGAUGACACGUUGGAGAAGAAGGUCUCCGCCAAUGAGUCCCCUCCGGCCGACGACCCCUUUGGCAAUGAGGAGUGCGGCGAGGUCAAGUACCGGGUCAUGAAAUGGUGGCAUUGCGGCAUCCUGAUGAUUGCGGAGAACAUCUCCCUGGGUAUUCUGUCCCUGCCCUCGGCGGUGGCCACCCUUGGAAUCGUCCCCUCCAUCUUCCUCAUUCUGGGUCUCUCUGGUAUCUCCUGGUACACGGGCUAUGUCAUCGGCCAGUUCAAGCUCCGCUACCCUCAAAUCCACAGCAUGGGUGAUGCCGGUGAACUCCUCUUUGGCCGUAUCGGACGCGAGAUCCUUUUCUUCGGCCAGCUGCUGUUCUGCAUCUUCUUGAUGUCCAGUCACAUUCUCACCUUCACCGUGCUGUUCAACACCAUCACCGGCCACGGCACCUGCACCAUCGUCUUCGGUGUCGUCGGCUUGGUCGUCAGUUUCAUCGGCGCCCUUCCUCGCACCAUGGGGAAGGUGUACAUCAUGUCCCUUGUUUCCUGCACUAGUAUCACUAUUGCCACCAUCGUCACCAUGGUGGCCAUUGCUGUGCAAGCGCCCGACCAUGUCGAGGUGGAUAUCACGACCCACCCCAGCUUCGCCAACGCCUUCCUCGCGGUGACCAACAUUGUCUUCGCCUUCAUUGCCCAUGUGGCUUUCUUCGGCUUCAUCUCCGAGAUGGAGGACCCCCGGGACUUUCCCAAGUCCUUGGCCAUGCUGCAGGUCAUGGACACGACCAUGUACAUUGUCACGGCCAUGGUCAUCUAUCGCUAUGCGGGCCCGGAUGUCGCAUCUCCGGCUUUGUCCUCGGCCGGCCCGCUGAUGAGCAAGGUCGCCUACGGCCUGGCCAUUCCUACGGUCGUGAUUGCCGGUGUCGUGUUCGGCCACGUCGCGUCCAAAUACAUCUACGUGCGACUGUGGCGUGGCUCGCCCCAGAUGCACACCAACAGCUUGGCCGCCGUUGGAUCAUGGGUCGCCAUUGCGCUGGGAGUGUGGGUGAUUGCCUGGGUGAUUGCCGAGUCGAUCCCCGUCUUCAAUGAUCUGUUGAGUCUGAUUAGCUCCCUGUUCGGCAGUUGGUUCAGUUAUGGACUUCCCGCGAUGUUCUGGUUGGUCAUGAACAAGGGCCAAUAUACCGCCUCGCCCUCUAAGAUCUUCCUGACGAUUGUCAACCUCGUCAUCUUUGGUAUUGCCUGCGCAAUUUGCGGUCUGGGACUCUACGUGUCAGGCAAAUCCAUCCACGACAGCUCGUCCUCGGCCAGCUGGACGUGCGCCAACAACGCCUUAUAGGCCCAUCUGCAGGCCACCCGGUACGGG